GCCCACCCACUUUCUCCCUUGGAGCUGCACCCCCCCUGGCAACUUCCCCUGGCCUGGUUGUUUUUUUUUCUCUCUCGUGCGCUCUACUAUGACUCCGCUGGUGCUUCUGCCCACAAACAUUGGUUAUAAAGCUCGACUCCUCCAGAGCCCAUCUGGGUCUUGAUCUUUUUCCUUCCUUCACCACACACUCACGCUCGCUAAGCACCUGCAAAACUUACCUUGACACUUUUGUCAAUUUCACUCUUUAACCAACAAUCGCAUCAAUAAUCUUAAUCAAGCUCCCUCGAGUUUAAUUCCUAAUACCGACAAAAUGAAGUUCACCGCUGCUGUCGCUCUCGCCGCCGUUGGCGUUUCUGCCGUCUACGUUCCUCCUAGCAACGUCACCGUUGUUACCGAUGUCGUUGACCAAUACGUCACCUACUGCCCCUACGCUACCCAGAUCACCCACGGCAGCAAGACCUACACCGUCACCGAGCCCACCACUCUGACCAUCACCGACUGCCCCUGCACCAUCACCCGCCCCGUUACCGUCACCAGCAGCGUUGUCUGCAACACCUGCGGUAACGCCGCCCCUACUGGUGCUCCCUCCGGUGGCAACGGCGGUGGUUACACUCCCCCUGCCUUCACCAACUCCACCAUCACCACUCCCACCCAGGCCCCUCCCGCCAGCGGCCCUGCCAGCACUGGUGGUGUUGUUCCUUCUGCUCCUCCCGCCGUCCCCACUGGCGGUGCCAGCAAGGCCGUCCUCUCCGGCGCCGGCCUUGCCGGUAUCGUCGGUCUGGCCGCCUUCGUCCUGUAAAUCUUGUAAAUUUCGACACCUCGCCAAUUUACCGGCUACGAUUUCUUGGUUCUACGAUUCUUGGAAGUCGUCGGUUCGGCCUCCGUUCAUGAUUUUGAUAUAAAGGGGGAAAAACACAAAGUGUUGGGGUUUAUUAUUGGUUUACGUUGACGGAAUACCUUAAGGGAGUGAUUAUUUUUUGGGAUGUAUAGAGAAGGGUUCUCUUGGGUUAACGGGACAUGCAAGCUCGGUGUUCAAGGGAACUCGAUUUUUUUGAUCGCCCACGGAAAGAUGCGCUACAUAUCAAACUGUGUGCGGUCGUUUCUCGGGGC